AUGGCCUCUGAGUGCCAGCUGCCUGGUCCUGACCUGGCGCUGAGGUGGUGGGAGGGCUGGCCUUGGGUAGGCCAAGGCCUGGCCAGUGGGGAAGCAGGAGGUUGGGGGGACUGCCUCUCAUCACUCUUCCCCCACAGGACACUGACAGAACUUCUGAAGCAGCCGGACCCCCAGGAGCCGCUGCCUCCACCUCUGGGCCCACCUCUGGGUAGCUGUGUCCAGGUGCAGAUGGGGGAUGGCCUCCCCAGGGGCUCCCCCAAGAACACAGACAAGAAACGCCCCAACAACGUGCCCCUGGGGUCAGCGACACCAGGACCCCUGCGUGGCCCCAGGCUGCAGGACGGCGGCAGCAUGACGCUGCAGAGGGACUACGCCAAGUACGCCACCCUCAAGGCAGCCGCGCUCAAGGCCGCAGAAGCCACCCCGCCGGACUUCUACCAGCGGUUCCCCGCGACCGAACCUGCCCCGCUGACCGUCCCGGCGCGGCCCCAGCGGCCCCGCGAGGACUUGCCGGCGCUGCUCGACGCCUGCCCCUGGGCCCCGCCGGGCUACGCGCCCCCCGCCGGCCUUGCUCCUUCGGGCCACUACAAGGCCUGGAUCGCCGGCCGCCUGGCCCGGCCCGCCCCCCGCGGCCACCUGGCGGCUCAGGCCUCCCCCGCACCCCGGCGGCCCGGCCACGCGCCCCGGCGCCAGUUCAGCGUGGAGAAGCCGCCCGAGGCCUUCGGCCCGCAGCCCCCUGGACUUUACGGCAGUGCAGGCCGCGGGCCCCGGCACCUGAGCACUAACAGCAAAGCUGAGGUCACCGUGUGAAGACAGCCGCUGGUUCUCCCGAAUCAUCGCAAUCUCCGGGGCGCCCUCAUCUGCCUGGAGGCCGCCGUGGGCCGGUUCCCGGGGCCCAUACCGUGGGGGAGGAGAGGCGCCGGCCGUGCCUGCCCUCAUGCCUGCCCAAACUGGACUGGGGCCUUGGAGCCUGCAGGGCUAAGAAGGGGCCCGCUGGGUGAGGCCAGUGGUUCUGUCCUUGGGGCCUUAGGGCCAGGGUUCCUCGUGUAAAUAUAAAGCCUUUUCUGUGGCUCCCAUCCCUGAGAAUAAAGGAGCCCCAGCCUGGCUCUGAGAGGCACGGA